UGCUGCGCGAAAACAUUUUGGUUUGUUUCAUAAAUGCUUUUAAAUGGCAGCUGCAGCGGAGAGAAUCAAUGGCGUCUACUCAGUGCGCCUGGUUAUCGCGGACUUCUACAUGGAGAAGCCGCAGUUCGGCCUGGAUCCCUGCUACUCCGAGCUGCGCGGCAAGGAGAUCAAGCGGGUUCCAGUGAUUAGAGUAUUCGGUGGCAACUCCAGUGGCCAGAAGACCUGCAUGCACGUCCACGGCGUGUUUCCCUAUUUCUACAUUCCGUAUGACAAGAAGGACUUCGAGAGCCUGGAGCGGGGCAUCCUGCAGAUAGCCAUGCACCUGGACAAGGCCAUCAACAUAUCCCUGGGCCAGGGCAGCUCCAAUGCCCAGCAUGUGUUUAAGGUUCAGCUGGUCAAGGGCAUACCCUUCUAUGGCUACCAUCGCGUGGAGCACCAGUUCCUAAAGAUCUACAUGUUCAAUCCCCGCUUCGUACGCCGCGCCGCCAAUCUCCUCCAGAGCGGCGCCAUUCUGAGCAAGAAUUUCAGCCCGCACGAGUCUCAUGUGCCUUACAUCCUGCAGUUUAUGAUCGAUUACAAUCUAUACGGGAUGAGCUACGUGCACGUUCCUCUGGAGGUGCUCAAGUUCCGGCGCAGUCACGAGGAAGAGGUAAUACCCUAUGCAAAUGUCAAACCCGCCCAGCUGCUUGACACCAUUAACGUGAAGAAAGUGGCCUGCAGCGCCUUGGAGGUGGACGUCAGCUCCAGUUUCAUACUGAAUCGCUUUCAGCUGGUGGCCAAGAGCAAGGGAAAUCACACAAAUCCUGGCAUAGAAGCGAUCUGGAAUGAUGAGAACCUUCGCCGCCAAAAACUGGUCGAGAAACACACUGCUGCUGGGGAUGAGGAGAAGGUCCAAGCGGUGCCUGUUUUACAAUUACCACCUACGCAAGAGCGCCUCCAAAUAGAAGUCGCCGAGAGCGAUGUCUUCUACCGCACCGCCUUGGAAAGCAAGCUGAUGACACUGGAGCAGUCCACUUCAUCCGAGCAAACCUUGUCGGAUCAGACAACCCUCGCCAAUGUGACCAUGCAGACGACUUUACCCGGCAGCAAGGAGCAAAAGCGUACAUUCAAUCUCCAAAAAUUGCUAGCCAACGCCGUUUAUCCCGAGGAAUGCUCACAGGAUCAGCAGAAACUAUUAAUUAACGCUUCCUUUAUACAAAACCAUGUGACCUGUGGAAAUGGCAACAAUGUCAGCAUAUCCACCCCGACGAAUGAGUCUGAAAUUUUUGACGAUACAUUGGUGGAUGAAGAGCUCAUACUGAGUCUCACACAGCCACAUGGCGCGAUGCCCCAUGAUGCCACCUUGAGGGAGGAGGACUUGGAACUUUUGGAUGCCUUGCAAGAGCUGGAGGAGCAGAAUGAUAAUGAACCUCGAGUGGAUUUGGAUAGCUCUUUGGCUCCCUUGUCGCAGCAUAAAAAUUACGACCUCACGCCUGAGCUAUUGGACAAGGAGACAGCAGCCGCUGCUGUGGGCUCACAUGCUCUCUUCGACGAGGAUAGUGACUCCGACGAGGAUGCGGACCAGGGAAACCGACAUGAUUUCUCCAUUGCCCUCGACGAUGUCGAUGAGCUGCUGCUAAAGCUAACUCAAAGCCAACCGAAGCCUGCGAAACAGAAAGAGCUAGAAGCAACUAAACUGCCACAGGUCGAUGGCGCCGAUGAUGGCAUACAGCGAACACCUAAAAAACUGAGCAGCUCCAAGCCAAAGGGGAGUCCUCCCAAGACACCCACUACUCCAAAAGGACAGACGAGCCUGAUGAAAUCUCCCCGUACUCCAAAAACUAGUGCGGCCAAAAAAUAUGCCCCGCUGGCACUGACUAUUGGGAGCAGUUCAGCAAAGAAAAUGGACGAGAAAAGCGCAGGCAAAACUCUGAAUCCUCGUCUCAGUUUGCAGCUUCAUCAAGAUACGGUAACACCAGGAAUACCUCGGCCAGAAAUUCCUCUUCGCAAGAAACUAGCCUUGACGGAGCUGCGUCGAAAAAGUGUUGAGGAAAACAGUUUCGUCCGUUUAAGGAAUGAUUGUACUCCACUUCGGAGUACCAGGAGAUCAACUCGCAACCUAGAUAAAACACACGUUAUAUGCUCCCUGACUCCGCGGGAUAGGAAUCCCAGCUUCUCCGACAUGUUCGAAAUAGCAGAUGGCGAGCAAAUACCGCCAGAAGAAGAAGAAGUUAAGAAGCCCCGAAGAAGUACUCGUCACCAAGCAAAGGAUAAUCUAGUCAUGCAUGAAUCUAUGGAACCUAAAACCAGCAAGGGAAAACCACGCAAGUCAGAGGGGAAGGCUCCGCCUGACUUAAAACCACGCCGAAGUGCACGCCAGCAGCAGAAUUCAAAUAGCAGCGAAGAGUUCCUUAUUGAUAUUGAAAAAACAAAGCCCCGAGCUAGCACUUCUAGUCGAUGUAAAGUUCUGAAGAAACCUACAAUUGAAAAUAUUCCUUCAUCAGAAGAUCCUAAUCAAAACACUGAUACAAUAGCCAAUGGAAAUGUUGGAGGAGAUACAGAAAAUCAAAUGAAUUCAACAGAUUCAAGGGAGAGUCCCAUGCAAAACGCAAAAAGUGAGUCUAAAGACCUCAAAAUAAAUCAAAAAAUCAAUGCUGAUGAUCUUAAUAAAAUAAGUUCAAUGGAGGCUUCCGCUUCAAAACCAGAAACUCCAGCUAAAAAUGCUCAGAAGGUACAAAGUGAACUAUUUCCAGCUGAUGCACCUUCUGUAGAUCCAGCAAGUCCCAGGGAUAAGGGCCACUUCUCGGGAAGCGACAAUGAGGCCAUCGAAUCAGAUACGGAAAGCGAUAAUGUGGUCACCAAACUGCGUAAAACACCUAACUUAAGACGAUUGCGAAGGAGCUUUCGUUCGGAGUUACUAACUAAGCAGCUAACUCCCAGUUCAAGCAAGGCGGAACCUGAGACCCACACCACUCCACAGUUGAGUCCCAAGAGCAAUGAAAGCCACACACCUGAGCUAAUGAGAAGUUUCUACGAGCAUUCAAUGAUCGUAGACAGUCCGUCUGUCUUCAGUGACCUGUUAGAUAGCCCCAUGAAUACCUUAUAUUCUCCUCAACCCGUUCCUGCUACUACCAAUAACAACUCGUUUGUGAUUGCUCCACUGGAGUUGCCUCCGUCAUAUGAUGAAGUGGUUCGCUUAUGCCGCAAGAUGGACAUACCCGAGUACGAGUUCCAGAAGCCUUUCUACAGCAAUCCCUCCGAUGUGAGCAAAGUGACGGAGGUAGGCUUCCUUGUGCUCCACAUUCCAGGAAACAAGCUCAACGAUUGUGAGCCCUUCCAGAGCGUCCUGGGCAAUGAUCGUGGGCUGGCCUCCUGGCGGCGUCAGCGACUGGUGGCCAUCGGUGGCCCAGCCAUGUUGCAGCGACACAGGGGUGAGCAAAAGAUACGGGAGUACUUCAGCACCAAACAGCGGGUAGCAAUCGAGCCGGUACAGCGUGCACCCACCUGGCAAGAGGCAAAGAUUUGGCUAAAGGCCAAGGAACUGCUUCGACAGCGCGGAGAACUUACAAAAUCUGGUGACGACAUAGACAGCCCCAUCAAGAUCAAACGCCAGAAGAUCACCAUGAUGCUGCAGGCGGAGGAAGGAGGUGGUGGGAGUGGCGAUGAAGACGCUGGUGAGGAUUUCGAUUGCAGCCUAAGCCUUACACCCCUAUCCCAAGCCACGAAUAAGGCCAAGGCAACCCCUAUAAGUAGCAAAGCCAAAGAAUCGGCCAGGAAACGUCUGAAACGAGGAACAAAGCUGAACUUUAAGGAACACCUGGAAGACGAACCAAUCAGCUCGCAAUCCAGCGAGCAGAGUGUCUCCAGUAGCGCUGCCCAGGCCGAGCUGGAGCGGAGUUCUUUCCUACGUCAGCUGGAGGGCAGUAGCCAGCCGAAGCAGCACGAUCUUAGCUUUGGACUCAGCCACGCCACUUUGGACAACACCUUUGGCUUUAAGGUUAAUCUGGAGAACCUGCAGCAGGCCAAGGCGGACAUUGACUGCAAUCACCUGACCAUCAUAACAUUAGAGGUGUUUGUGUCCACGCGCGGAGACCUUCAGCCAGAUCCCAUGUACGAUGAGAUGCGCUGUUUGUUUUACGCCAUCGAGCACAGUUUGCCCGAUGAAAAUCUUCCUAGCAAAGCCUGUGGAUACAUAAUGGUUAAUAACGACCAGGAUUUGCUGGGUGAAGGAUGCAUUCAUGGUCUGGAUCGGGAUAUUGAAGUGCAAGUGGUGGCCAGUGAGGCGGAGGCGUUUGAGGCGCUGCUGGCCUUGUGUGGCCGUUGGGAUGCGGACAUAUAUGCCGGCUAUGAAAUAGAGAUGGCCUCCUGGGGCUUUGUGAUCGACCGGGCUAAGCAUCUGUGCUUCAACAUUGCUCCUCUGUUGUCACGAGUGCCCACGCAGAAGGUGCGUGACUUUGUGGACGAGGAUCGGGAGCAGUUCACCGACCUGGAUGUGGAAAUGAAACUAUGCGGCCGAAUUCUGCUCGACGUGUGGCGUCUGAUGCGCUCGGAGAUCGCCUUGACGUCGUACACCUUCGAGAACGUGAUGUACCACAUCCUGCAUAAGAGAUGCCCCUGGCACACGGCCAAGUCGCUGACCGAAUGGUUUGCCUCGCCCUGCACACGUUGGAUAGUGAUGGAAUACUACUUAGAGCGGGUGCGAGGCACUUUGGCCCUACUGGAUCAGUUGGAUUUGCUGGGACGCACCAGCGAAAUGGCCAAGCUCAUUGGCAUCCAGUUCUACGAGGUGCUGUCGCGUGGUUCCCAGUUCCGCGUGGAGAGCAUGAUGCUGAGAAUCGCCAAGCCGAAGAAUCUGGUGCCCCUCUCGCCCAGCGUCCAGGCUCGAGCUCAUAUGCGGGCGCCGGAGUACCUGGCGCUCAUCAUGGAGCCGCAGUCGCGCUUCUACGCCGAUCCCCUGAUCGUGCUCGACUUCCAGAGCCUGUACCCCAGCAUGAUUAUCGCCUACAACUACUGCUUCUCCACAUGCCUGGGCAGAGUGGAGCACCUGGGCGGCAGUUCUCCCUUCGAAUUCGGUGCCUCGCAGCUGCGUGUCUCCCGCCAGAUGCUGCAGAAGCUGCUGGAGCACGACCUGGUCACCGUUUCGCCUUGUGGCGUGGUGUUUGUCAAGCGCGAAGUGCGCGAAGGCAUCCUGCCUCGCAUGCUUACCGAAAUCCUGGACACGCGCCAAAUGGUUAAGCAGUCGAUGAAGCUCCACAAGGAUAGCUCUGCCCUCCAGCGCAUUCUUCACUCCCGACAGUUGGGCCUGAAACUGAUGGCCAAUGUGACCUAUGGUUAUACAGCUGCCAAUUUUAGUGGCAGAAUGCCCUCGGUGGAAGUGGGCGACUCGGUUGUGUCUAAGGGUCGGGAAACUCUGGAGCGGGCCAUCAAAUUAGUGGAAAGCAAUGAGGAGUGGAAGGUGCGUGUCGUCUACGGUGAUACGGACUCCAUGUUCGUUCUGGUACCGGGUCGAAAUCGAGCUGAAGCCUUUCAAAUCGGAGAAGAAAUAGCCCAAGCCGUCACCGAGAUGAAUCCGCAGCCAGUGAAGCUGAAGCUGGAAAAGGUCUACCAACCCUGCAUGCUGCAGACGAAGAAGCGCUACGUGGGCUACAUGUACGAGACUGCCGAUCAGGCGCAACCCGUUUACGAGGCCAAGGGUAUUGAGACAGUGCGCCGGGAUGGCUGUCCUGCGGUGGCCAAGAUGCUGGAGAAGGUGCUGCGCCUUUUGUUCGAGACGCAGGAUGUCAGCAAGAUCAAGGAGUACGUGUGCCGUCAGUUUACCAAGCUGCUGUCGGGCAAGGCCAAUCUGCAGGACCUGAUUUUCGCCAAGGAAUUCAGGGGUCUUAAUGGCUACAAACCCACGGCCUGUGUGCCAGCACUGGCACUCACACGCAAAUGGAUGCAGAAGGAUCCACGACAUGUGCCCCGUCGCGGAGAGCGCGUUCCCUUUAUAAUAGUCAAUGGCCCGCCAGGGAUGCAGCUCAUCCGCCUGGUGCGCAGCCCUCAUGACAUCUUGGCCAACGAGGGUCACAAGAUCAACGCCAUUUACUACAUCACCAAGGCGAUUAUUCCACCGCUGAAUCGCUGCCUGCUGCUCAUUGGCGCCAAUGUGCACGAUUGGUUUGCCAGUCUGCCCAGGAAGUUGCUCAUGACGCCGGCUGUGGGAACGGCCAACGAAUUGGCCGGAGCAAGAGGCGCCAAGUCCACCAUCUCCCAGUACUUCUCCAGCAGCAGCUGUGUGAUCGACUGUGGCCGCCAAACCAAGGCAGGCAUUUGCCCGGAAUGCCUGAAGAACGCCUCCAAAUGUGUGGUUGUGCUCACGGACAAGACGGCGCGCUUGGAGAGGGGCUACCAGCUGACCCGGCAGAUCUGCCAGGCCUGCUGCGGACGACUGGGUAGCCUCCAGUGCGAUUCCCUCGACUGCCCAGUGCUCUAUGUGCUGGAAGGAAAGCGCCGGGAACUGCAGCAAAUCGAGCACUUUAACAAGCUGUUGGAGGAUCACUUCUAAAAAACUACCCAUUCGUAGGGGAUGUAUAUAUAUUUUAACUUGCAGCUCGCUUACAAAAGUUAAAAUUACAUUCAUUGCUUCAGCCAGUGUUUCUAAUCAUGUACAUAGCUUAUACACUACUUUUAUGCGUUCGGGUGAUUUCGGUUGUGUGUGUAAUACUAGAGGAAUUGUUAACUAUUGAUAUUGUUUAAGUUUAUCGUGUUGUGAUUGUUUUGUGAGAGCUAUGAGCAUGCAGCCAAUAAAUGAGUGUUGUAAUGUUUACUUAAAACUUA